AUGUUUGCAGUAUGGAUUACUACUCUUUUUCUUCUUGAUGCAGCCAGAGGAAGACAAGUUUGCUACAAAAGGCUUGGAUGCUUUACGGAUGAUCCUCCUUGGUCUGGGAUUCCAGAAAGACAACUGGCGGGCUUGCCUAGCUCUCCAGAAGCUGUGAAUACCAAUUUCCUCCUUUACACUAGAGACAACAUCAUGCAAUAUCAAAAAAUUUCCGCUAUAGAUCCUUCAACUAUCAAAGCUUCAAAUUUUCAAGCACACAGGAAAACUCGCUUCAUUAUCCAUGGCUAUCUGGCUGGAGAAGACCUCUCCUGGAUAACAGAUAUGUGCAGGUCCAUGUUUCAGGUGGAAGACGUGAACUGCAUCUUGACUGACUGGAGAGGCGGCUCCAGUGGCCUGUACACCGAAGCAGUUAACAACGUCCGCGUGGUGGGGGCUGAGCUGAUGUAUUUGGUGAACCUCCUUGAGAAGGAGUAUGGCUACUCUCCUGCCAAGAUUCAUUUGAUUGGCCACAGUCUUGGAGCACAUGCUGCAGGGGAGGCCGGGAGAAGGAAACCUGGCAUUGGAAGAAUAACAGGUUUGGAUCCAGCUGGGCCUCUUUUCCAGUAUACACCAGACAUGGUUAGGCUGGACCCUUCAGAUGCGAAUUUUGUUGAUAUAAUUCACACUCAUGCUGGCCAUCUGUUCUUUGACUUUGGGAUUCUUCAGACUUGUGGACACCUGGAUUUUUACCCAAAUGGUGGAAAGAAAAUGCCUGGAUGCCAGGAGCUUCGUGCACCUCCUGCAGUUCGGAAUGUCAAUGAUGUUAUGAGAGAAUAUAGAUCUAUUGGAUGUGGACAUAAAAGAAGCUUCCAGUAUUAUGCUGAAAGCAUUAUCACUCCAGAUGGAUUUGCUGGGUAUCAGUGUGAAACAUACCAACAUUUUGCAUCAGGAGACUGCUUCCCAUGUCCCAGAGAAGGAUGCCCGCUGAUGGGUCAUUAUGCUGAUAAGUUUUCACAUAAAACUGGGAAAGAACAGCAAAAGGUUUUUUUAAAUACAGGGUCCCUCUCUCCAUAUGCUCGCUGGAGAAAAGAGAUAUAUGUCAGAGUAUCUGCAACAGAAGCCCUGAAAGGAAAUAUAGAUGUAGCCUUGACUGGAACUAAUGGGAUCAAGAGAAAAUAUACAGUCAACAAGUAA